GCAACACGAAGCACCUCUUUCUCUCUCUUCCCUCUCUUCUGCUUUCUCUUCACUGUCUCUGUGACUCUACCAGAAACUAGAGCCAGACAUAUAGCCCAGAAGGGUUUCAUUCACCAAACCAAUCUCUCUCUUCGUCUCUUCUUCCAUUUCACAGACUUUUCCUUUUUUGUUGUUUUUUUGUGGUGUGAUCGCUGCGAUGUACGUAGCUUCCAUGCGUAAGUCUUUCAAGGACUCCUUGAAAGUCCUUGAAGCUGACAUCCAGCACGCCAACACCCUGGCGUCAGAUUUUCCAAGGGAAUAUGAUGGUGCGUGCCUUCAGAUGAGAAUGUCGUACAGUCCGGCAGCGCACUUGUUUCUUUUUCUGGUGCAAUGGACAGAUUGUCAUCUUGCUGGAGCCCUUGGACUGUUAAGAAUCCUAAUUUACAAGGUCUAUGUGGAUGGGACAACCACCAUGUCUACACAUGAAAGAAAAGCAAGUAUUAGAGAAUUCUAUGCGGUCAUUUAUCCCUCUUUAUUGCAACUUCAGAAAGGUAUCACUGACACUGAGGAUAAGAAGCAAAAGGCUGUAUGCAUGGAGAGGUAUCGCAGAAGAGAUGAUGAGGAUUAUAGACAGUCUUCUGACAUAGACAUUGAAAGAGAAGAUGAAUGUGGAAUAUGCAUGGACAUGAAUACUAAGAUUGUGUUACCCAACUGCAACCAUGCCAUGUGCCUGAAAUGUUACCGAGAAUGGCGAACUAUAUCACAAUCAUGCCCAUUUUGCCGUGACAGUCUGAAGAGAGUGAACUCAGGUGAUCUGUGGGUAUUCACUGAUAGGAGGGAUGUGGUAGACAUGGCAACAGUGACAAGGGAGAAUCUGAGAAGGCUUUUCAUGUACAUAGAUAAGUUGCCUUUGAUUGUUCCAGACUCCCUUUUUGAUGCUUAUGACUCUCACAUACGGUAAGUGAUUGCAACAGACAGAUUUUAAUGUAUGCUGUUGUUGUCUUGGAUCCCUUGUUCCAGUUGAAGUUAGUGACAUAAAAGCCAGAAGCGGAGUCGGCUAAUUGAGUUGUUAUUAUAGAGUUGCAGUACUUGCUUCCCACUUCUGGUGGCAGAAGUAUCCAGCCCUUGUGAUAUUGUGGACUGGUGGUGAAGUUGAGAUGGUAAAUUGUAUCUAUCUAGUUAGCUCAUUUGUAUAUCCCUGUACAGAUCAAAUCAAUCACUUAUUAACAAGAGAUUUGCACAUUCCGUUCUUGUCAUUUAGGUGUGAAUCUCUUGCGAAACUCUUUUAUUUUUCAUCAUCAAUGAAUGUAUUUAACGGAAUGUCUGUAAUGUGUUCUGUAGUUUAUGUAUAUGCAUUAAGGCCACCUUAUAACAA